AGGAGAGAUCCAGAAAUGUUUUAUAGCCUGGCUGAGUGCAGCAGCUCCAGAGCGCUGCGUGGCCACAAGUUUCUGAGAGGGGAGGAGACGUGACCCAGCUGGCACUUGUCCACCCCAUUCUUAAGUGACUUGACAGCCAUCUCGGGUUAAAAUAUGUAGAGGAUAACGUGAUUGCCAGCCAGGAAGCGAGAGUCACUGCUGUGUUGUGUUCGUCAGACAUCAGUAUUCAUUGCUGCUAGAUGGUUUUCAGUACCAAGGCAGUCCUUGAGCUGCGGGACCCCACAGUGAUUUACAUAGGCAUCAGUUAUGCAAUCCCUUUCUGAGGGCGCUGAAGUACAAUGAAAAAAAAGUAUUUGGUUGGAGUUCUGAGCUGGUUUAAAAUGCACUACUGAAAUGGCUAACAGAACAAACUCCUCUGAGUAUUUCUGGUCAUAUGAAUAUUACUGGGAUUAUAUCGAUCCAAUUCCAGUAGAUGGAAGCAAGUUGAAGGUUAAUAAAUAUUCUAUUGUCAUAGCCUUCUGGGUUGGGCUUGCUGCGUUUGUGACGUUUCUUUUCCUUAUUUUACUGUGUAUGUCCCGCUCUGGAUCAACUUCAGUAAAACAAGUGAUUGUAGGGAACCAGAUAGAAGAAAGCAGUUCCAAUGGUGGACAUACUCACUGCGAUGAUCUCAGUGGCCCAUACUCAGAAGUGGUUGCUUCUCAAACAUGUACCUCCUUUUCAGAUGAAACUGGCAUUCAUGGAAGGACCUGAGCCUGAGUUAAAACUGGAACAGGUUAAACAAAACCAGCAGGACAGUUCUCCUGCCUGCAGAGGGAUCAGUGCUGUGCCUGCCUAUUGAACACUGAUACCACAAACCUCAAACAGUUCAGGAAGAGAAGAAUAAUUUCUGUCAACAAAGGACAAACCUGAAGAAUCCUGGAUGCAUAACAGGAAGUGCUAACAGCCAUAUUUGAGCAACACUGCUGGAGUUGCCUGAUCAACAUUUUAGAUCCUCAUGAUGAUAACUGUAAAAUUUCUCCCUCUUUUCUGCGUAAGGAUUCAGACUCAAACCCCUCUCCAGUGACGUGGUGCAAAGGGUGUGCUGCCGGUUGAGUGGUUCUCAUUAAAACCCAUUUGACUGCAAACAGCUUUACUCUUCCAGCAGGAAGUCUAUUCCAGUUAUGGCCCAAGUCCUGUAAAAGACUUCUGCCUUGCUCACCUGAAUGCACACUGAGUUCUGUUACCCUCAGGGGUAUCUCUGCAGCCUCAGUUUUCACUGGGUUGCCUUGCUGUGAAAGAAAGCAUCCUGCUGGUCUUACUGAACAGGCAGCGUAACCAAUAUUGUGUAUUCGCCAUGAGCACCACAAGUCAUCUGUUUCUGGCUCUGUCCUCAGGUCACACUCAUCAGCUGCAUUUUUGUGACACCUCCAGUUGCUCAUCCUCUGAAAAACAAGCAACAAUGUCAUGUGCAACAGCCAAAAUAAAACCUUGCUUUUAGAAGGGUUACAACUUGCUUCACUGUCUUAAAGCUCAGCAGUUCCCUCAUGGAUAUGGAAUUUACUUUAUUUAGUGUUCCAUUAAAAAAAAAAGAAAAAGCUUACUUAAAAUUUAUUAAAACACAGUUUACCUAGAACAGCCUUUAAAAAACUAAUGGCAGCACUGAGUCUUACUGAAUAAAGUCAUUAUCUUUACCUGCUGCCAGCAAAUACAGUUUUGCUACCAAUAACCAUUUCCUUUUUGCUCCCAGUUUUAGAUGGUAGAUGGAAAAGAAACUUAAUAUCAAUCUUGAAAUGGUAGCAGUUACCCAGGCAUUAUAGAAAGAGAUGUGUGUGUGGAGAUUGAUGACAUACUGUACCACAUGUAUGUUUAGCAUUUAAAUCAAAGCUGGCAAAGCCGCAGAACCAACACUGUGUUUCUGCACCAGUUGCCUGCUUUGAGCUGGGGCUGGCAAAUCAUUUAACAGAAGCUACAGGCCUCUGUGAGGGUCACAGCAGCUUUUGGGUGAGGUGGAGAGGACGGGUUCUGCUCUCUCCACCUCUCCUUGCCCAUGGAGCUCCACCAAACACAGGCAGAACCAAGAGAAGGUCAACAAGAGUGUGAGGAAACCUUACAGCUCCAGUAAGCGCAAAGGUGAGACUGCAGAGUCGGGCUGAGGAAGGCAGUGAGGGCUGCAAUGGGUGUACGACUGCCAAGCCAGCUGCUGGGCUGAGGACAACACAAAAUUCAUUCGAAACUUGAGGAGAAGCUUAGAAAUUUCGUACCCCCAUGCAAGCAGCGAGAACUCCUACAGCGAAGCACUGCCAGAGCAGCCUCAUGCUGUGUACAGUGGGCUGUGAUGUUACCAGAGAGUGGGUGAGUUGGGCUGUGUUAAAAAAAACUUAAAUACAAGAGACAGACCAAACCACCAGGCAUAUGUCUGUGUUGUGAGGGGUUUUAAUCUCCCUUAUUUUUAACCUUGGAGAUAAACGCUUCUAUAGGUUGCUCUUUGAGCAAACUGACUACUACUGGUGUGUUGGGCUUGGAAACCUGUCAAGGUGUCAAGUCUGUUGAGUCAGACUGAGUCAUGGGUGGAUGGGGAAAAUGAGGAAAGGCUCCAGGAACUGAAGGUAGCACAUGGAUGAAGAUGUAUCAGAGAACCAAACGUUUCCAUCGGUCAACUCAGGCGGCCCAAACAGCCUUCCCCUCCCCUCAGAUACCCAUACCGUUCGCUAGCCCUCACUGGAGACAUGCAUCAACUCCCUUGUUGGCACCAGUUCUCCCACUGCAAGUCAGGUCUGCCUUUAACCCCACUGCAAUCACACGUUAUCAUCAAAGACAGUCCGAAGAGAACCCAACCACCCAGACUCAUUUUCCUUCUCAAGGAUGCAGCAAGUGCACAUCAAUCAUUCCCACCACGUCUGUCUGCCCUGAGCCAGAACAUCUCUCCUGCACCAGUUCUGCACUGCCUCCUCUCCUUGACUCAUGACAGACUCCCUCCUACCACCCUGUUUUUCAAGAACCUCUUCCCUGAAAAUGGAUUCCACAGGGUUUUCUGAAAGAUGUGAAUAUUCCCAUUCGUAACAGCAGGUGUUCUGUCAUUAGUGGCACUGGAACAUUAUUCAAAGUAUGUAACAACUGGAAAGACCUUUGGGGGUUUUCGCCCUUUUGAAUUACCUUCAAAUGGAAGGCAUAUAUUAUGAAGUAUAUAAACAGUAAUAAAUCAUAUGCAGAAUGCAA